GUAUAUGUCGGCGCAUUGAGACUGCGUGGCUGCGGAUAUAUGUGUGUGUGUGUGUGUGUGCGAAUACACAUUUCGGGUAUUUCACCAGAGUGAUAGUAUUGCAUCAGCCUCUUGCGCUGUGAGUGUGUGGUUGCCAGGCAACCGUUGCUGGGAUUUUGUCGCUUUACAAAGUACCGUUGUAGCGAGGCGACAGCGUUGUGUCGCUGUCGCCGAUCGAGGUUUGGUAGUAUGCACAGUUGGUAGACAGUUGGACGCCGGCAGUUGCGUACCAGAACUGGAACAGUGUGCAGGGCUGAAACUCGAUGCGCCACAAUGGAGAACAGCAACAACAAUAACAACAACAACGGUCAGGACUUGACAUCAGAAGUGGGAUCUGGCCACCAGCCUUCAGCACUAGAUGGACCAUGGCGUGCCCUGAUGGAGCUACAAAAUAAAAAUUUAAUUGAACUAGUGAAAGCCAUAAAAACAACUGUACCUGAUGCAGGGCAGAACAAAACUGUGCAACUACCCAAAUUCAACCCAGACAAAUCAGGCGCCAACGCAUCAUCGUGGUGCACAACGGUGGAAGUGAUUUUACAAGAAAACACGUUGAGAAGCAGUGCAUUGGUUAUGGCCUUGAGUUCGGCUUUAGAAGGAAGUGCUUCGCAAUGGCUUUCGCAAGUGUGCUAUGCUGAAAUUACUUGGCCUGAGUUUAAAGAAUUGUUUAUACAACGCUUCGAUACUAUAGAAACACCAGCCGCUAUGUUUCUUAAUAUGCUAUCAAAUCGACCGACUGAUGGCGAGAGUCUGGCUGUUCAUGCAAGUCGCAUGGUUACCGAACUUACAACAAAAUGGCGGCAAAUGGAUAACGAAGAGAUUGCUGUGUCUGUGACCCUUGCGCUGCUGGCAAGCUUCGAUCACCGAUUGCAGCGUUUAAGUUUCACAUCAAAUGUUCGAACCAGAGUCGAUCUACAGUCCGAAUUAAAAGCAUUCACUUUUAUUAAAAGGAAAAGCGGCGCUAUGGAGCAUCAGGCUGAAACUUAUUCUAAACGGCAAAAACAAUCACCGAUGGAGUGCCAUUUCUGCGGAAAAGUGGGCCAUAAAAUGGCUGAAUGCAGAUUCAGGAAACAACAGAAUCAAUUCGCGACUGAUAAAAUCCAACAUGGCAGGCAUGAUGUUCAUCACCGUGGAAAAUCAAAUUUAACUUGCUACAAGUGCGGAGAAUUGGGUCACAUAUCCACCCAAUGUACAAAGAAGGAAGUCGAUAGGAACAAGGCAUUCAAUCGGGAGAAGCGAGUGGAACAGUGCAGUAUUGCAGUACCAAAGGGAUGUCUGAACCAUAGAGGCCAAAUUUUCGAAAUCACCUUCGAUUCGGGAUCGGAAUGCUCGUUGAUAAAAGAAAAGCUAAGUACCAAAUUUUCUGGUAAAAGAUUCAAUAAUAUUGUUAUGUUAAAAGGUAUCGGCAGCAAUGGAAUAUGUAGUACUGUACAAAUAUUAAGCAAUGUAAAAAUUGACGAUUACUGUAUUGAAAUUUUGUUUCACGUUAUAGGCGAUGAUGAUAUGCAGAACGACAUUGUAAUUGGCCGUGAGAUAUUAAAUCAGGGUCUUGAUAUUGUCAUUUCAUCAAACCAAUUUAGGAUCUCAAAGACCAAAGUAGUUAAUUUGUGUACCGGCAAUGAGCCAGCCGAUAUUGAUACUGAGCUUGAGGGACAAGAUAAAAUAAAACUACAUUCACUGUUGGCAAAGUACUCAAAUUCAUUUAUAACUGGGAUCCCAAGUACUAAAGUCAGAAUUGGCGAAAUGAAAAUUAGGUUGAUUGAUCCAACAAAAACCGUACAGAGAAGGCCAUAUCGUUUAAGUCCAUGCGAGCGAGAUUUGGUUAGGGACAAAAUUAAUGAACUGCUAAAAUGCAAUAUAAUUAGGCCAAGCUGCUCACCUUAUGCAAGCCCUAUAUUGUUAGUGAAAAAAAAAAUGGUACGGACAGACUUUGUGUUGACUUUAGAGAGCUGA